UGCCACCGACGAAAUUGACAGCACACCGCCGCUGAUUGGUUUACAUGUAAUGAGUUAACGCCGCCGAAAACAAAUGUUCCCCUUCGGUGCCUGCAACAGACAACAAACAAGUUUGAAUGUGAACAGCGAAAACGGCAAGCGUCGAUUUUUGCAAACAAACAAAAAACAAUCCCUUCAUUUCAUUUUGUAUUUCAUCACUGAGACAAGAGUCCAUAAAGAUCGGUAAAGAGGGGUUUUAAAAAUCUAAGUUUCCGCAGUUUACAAAAAAAGGAUGCCGAAAGUUGCAACAAAAAAGGCUGCCGCUGCAGCUGGAGGCGCCAAAAAAGCCGCUGCAGGAGCAAAGAAAUCAAAGCUAUACAACAUGCCGGAAAAAAUAAAAGAGGGUACAAUUUUAACCGAUAUGAUGAAGGGAGAAUGGAAAAUAGGACCCUCAAUAGGCACAGGCGGCUUUGGUGAAAUCUAUUCUGCCACCAAACCCGGAGAAAACAAAUACGAAUAUGUUGUAAAAUGUGAGCCCCAUGACAAUGGACCCUUGUUCGUUGAAAUGCAUUUUUAUAUGCGCAAUGCAAAGUUAGACGAUGUACGCCGAUUUCAAAAGGAUCAUGGUCUUAAGAGCUUAGGAAUGCCAUAUAUGGUCGGCAACGGUUCAGCAGAAAUCAAUGGCAUUAAACAUCGAUUUAUUGUUAUGCCGCGCUAUGGUUCUGAUGUGGCUAAAUAUUUUCUUGAAAAUAAUCGUAGACUUCCGGAGGGUACCUGUUAUAGAUUGGCUCUACAAAUGCUCGAUGUUUAUGAAUUUAUUCAUGGUUGUGGUUACGUACAUGCCGAUUUGAAAGCGGCCAAUAUCUUACUGGGCUAUGGACCAAAACAACAACAUCAAGCAUAUUUGGUCGAUUUUGGUUUGGCCUCACGUUUCACCACCAAAGACUUUAAACCGGACCCCAAAAAAAUGCAUAAUGGUACAAUCGAUUACACUUCUAGAGAUGCCCAUUUGGGAGUGCCAACAAUGAGAGCAGAUAUGGAAAUUUUGGGUUAUAAUUUAAUCGAAUGGCUUGGCAUUGAACUUCCGUGGGUUAGAGAUAAGUUAUUGGCAAAUCCUUCAAAGGUUCAAAAAUCCAAAGAGGAAUUUAUGUCGAAAAUUUCGGAGAGCUUGAAAAGUCUAUUCGGGUCUGCAGUGCCCGAAGCUGUACUGGAAUAUAUGAAAUAUGUUUCGAAAAUGGAAUAUAAUACCACUCCCGAUUAUGAGAAAUGUCGUAAAAUUUUCCAAAAUGCAUUAAAGGCGUUGAAAUAUCCCAACUCAGGGGAUUUGGAAUUAAAGUUGAAAUCCCGGGGAGAAAUGCCGUCAACAAGUAAGGCUAAAACAGCCCAAACUAAAGCUAAAGUUAAAAAAUCUGCUCCUGUGGAUGUAGAUGAUUCUGAAAAUGAAGUAAUUGAUGCCAGCGAUGACGACGAUGGUGAUGUCAUUUACGAUAACAAAAGACCUAUAAAGAAGGAACCGAAAACCAACAAUCUGAAAACAACAAAAGAUAAAUCUACACCUAAGGUUACACCAAAACGUUUGCCUAAAUCGACUCCCAAAGAUGUCUUGAAAAUGUCACCUGUAACUUUAAAUUCAUCAUUGAAAAGGAAAUCCUUGGAUGUGUCCAGAUCUCCGCUGUCAUCACCAUCACCUUCAAAGCGUACCAAACUAAAUGGUUCCAUAAACAGUUCGGCAAAAAAUCGUAGUCGCCGAUCGCCAUUAAAAAGACCUUCACCAUCUGGCCACAACACAUCAUCAACUUCUUCGCCGCGACUUAGAAGUACUCCCAUGAAUGCCAAGGCAAGUAUCCGUAUGUCACCGGCCAUUUCAAUGUCCUCAUCACGUUCGGGUAAAACAAUUAUAAACGAUAGGCUAACACCAAAUAAAAAACCAACCAAAACAUAUGAAUUUAAUUUUGAAUUAGAUGUCAGCAUGGAUGCCAAUGUGAUUGUCAAUGUGAAACGCAAGAAGAAACCGUUACAACCGGCAACCGAAGAAAAUUCCCAUACUACAUCGAGCAGUAGUAAAUCAACACCGUUGGCGGCAAAAACAACAAACAGCUCCUCAACCCCAGUGACUAGAGUCAACGUACGUAAAGUGGGUGGUGGCGAUGAGAGUCCUCGAACACCGGCUGUUACCGUCAAGAAAUCACGUCGAGUGCAUAGGUCGCCAUCGUAAAAUCCCUGCCACGGUCAGUUGCCCGGCAUUCCAUUGUAUCGAAUGAUUGUAUUAUUUUUUUUUUACUUUUUUACAUUUAUGAAAGCAUUUCGCCCAAAUUGUCUCUCUUGAUUUAAGUACUUUGGUUAAAGAAAACUUAUUGAAAUUUAAAUUUUUAAAUAAUAAUUUUUGUAUCAAUUAUUUGUUUUUUUUUUCAUCUCAUCUUCAAACGACCGGCAGACAUUGUUUUACUUUAUCUCAUUAAAAUAAAUAUUGGUAAUUGUUGUAUACGUUCAUUAUAUGAAACAAUAAAUAAUACUCUUUAACCUUUUCUGAAGAUAGGUACCUA